ACACACACACACACACACACAUAUACACGCCCUCCACCCCCAUCGCUGCAGUGUCUCAACUGCCUUGGAGCAAACAAGGAGAGGAUACAGACAUUUUAUAAAGAAAAGACAGGGAGAUGUGUUUAUGUGUGUGUGUGUGUGUGUGAGGAAGAUAUGAAGAUGAAGGAUUAAAGGUGGAUUUGCUCAGAGCAGCUUGCUCUAUCCCUCGCUCAUCUGCAGUAUUCUUUGUAAACGGAUGCUGGCUUGUGAACACGGAUUUCAGCAACUGAAGAAUCUUAAAGAGGGCAAGCUCCAGCAACAACCAAAAGAAAGGGGUGGAUGAUUGCGGUUGGCACGUAGUAACGCAACACGGAGCCAUGUGGGAGUGGAGUGAGAGAAUUUUCACCAUCGCACCUAUCAAGCCCAAACCUUUCUUCUACUGACAUAUGCUGAAUGGUGUAGAGAUUUUCCUCAGGGGCAGACCCUGCUAUGAGCCCCAUCUCCCUCGGCUUCAGCAGGCAGUCCAUCCUCAGUGCCAGACACAGUGUGGGCAUCCCACGGGUCUGGGUUUUGCCCACACAGGACUCAAAAAAACAAUGAAACGUUGGUGAGUCACUUGGUCGUUGUGACGUCAUACACGCCUCCUCUCCCAACGAUCCUCGGCCUCCACCGAAGUUACCCAUCACUUCUUCUUUGCAAUUUGCUCUCCUGUCCGGCGGCAGCACGAGUUCCUUUGCGCUUACCACGUGGUGGAGGACCAUGGGAUGCCGUCAGAGCUCGGAGGAGAAGGAAGCGGCUCGGCGCUCGCGGCGGAUAGACCGCCACCUGCGCUCCGAGAGCCAGCGGCAGAGGCGUGAGAUCAAGUUACUUCUACUGGGCACCAGCAACUCUGGCAAAAGCACUAUUGUCAAGCAGAUGAAGAUCAUCCACAGUGGUGGCUUCAACCUGGAGGCCUGCAAGGAGUACAAGCCCCUCAUCCUGUACAAUGCCAUCGACUCGCUCACCCGCAUCAUCCGCGCCCUCACCACACUUAAGAUCGACUUUCACAACCCCGAUCGCGCCUACGAUGCCGUGCAGCUUUUCGCUCUCACAGGUCCGGCCGAAAGCAAGGGGGAGAUCACUACAGAGUUGCUGGGGGUCAUGAAACGCCUCUGGGCGGACUCCGGAGUCCAGGAGUGCUUUCAGCGAUCCAAUGAGUACCACUUAGAGGACAACACUGCGUACUACCUAAACGACCUGGAUCGUAUAUCCGCACCUGAGUACAUCCCCACGGUGGAAGACAUCCUGCGAUCCCGUGACAUGACCACCGGGAUUGUGGAGAACAAGUUCACCUUCAAGGAGCUCACCUUUAAGAUGGUAGACGUGGGCGGACAGCGAUCAGAGAGGAAGAAGUGGAUCCACUGUUUCGAGGGCGUGACUGCAAUCAUUUUCUGUGUUGAACUGAGUGGCUAUGACCUCAAACUCUACGAGGACAACCAGACGAGCCGAAUGGCCGAGAGCUUGCGCCUCUUCGACUCCAUCUGCAACAACAACUGGUUCACCAACACGUCGCUCAUCCUCUUCCUCAACAAGAAGGACCUGCUGGCGGAGAAGAUUAAGCGCAUCCCGCUGACGGUGUGCUUCCCCGACUACAAGGGCCAGAACACCUACGAAGAGGCGGCCGUCUACGUGCAGCGGCAGUUUGAGGACCUCAACCGCAACAAGGAGACCAAGGAGAUUUACUCGCACUUCACCUGUGCCACAGACACCAGCAACAUCCAAUUUGUGUUUGACGCCGUCACGGACGUGAUCAUCCAAAACAAUCUCAAGUACAUCGGAUUGUGCUAGGAGUUUGGUUGGCGGGUGGGCGGUCGCGGUUUAUUGAAUGGUUUAUCGGAUUGACGUGAACAUGCAAGUUGUAGUAAAGCGGAAGGGAAGGAUGGCGGAGGAUUGAAAUGCUUUAGCUGAGGCCACAGAUGCACUGAAUACGAGUAUGCAGAGACACCCAAAUACACCUUUAUGUUUGUUCACACACAAGAUGUUUGGAUGAAGAGACAAGCACCUGACAACAGUGGAUAUGUUGGACACUUUCCCCCACCUGCCUGCCAAACCUAAAACUACCAAGCAAUUGCCAGGUGACUUAUUUUGGGUUUUGUUUUAUUUGCCUGAGGACAUUUAAUGCUGCUUUACAGGAAAUCUUUUUGGGGGAAAACAAUUUUAAAAUUUCCACUGUAAGAAUACGUUGAUGCUUGUGGUUCGGUACUCUGGUCCAGAGCUAAAAUAUAAAGUGUGUACCAAAGUGAGCUAAAUCGGUUUAACUCACUUUGGUACACACUGGUCUAAAGGCUGCGUAGUAAAUAACAUAUGCAUAAAGCAAUGGUUCUCAUUUUAUGUCAUGAACUGAAACCAAAAACAGAUAAAUAGAUAUAUUAGAUAAAUAAACGAUAUCUGCAACAACUUAAAACAAUUUCCAAGUUUAUGAACUCAGUUUAAAACAAGACCGUUCAGUCUGUGUGUGUGAUUCUCAAAAAAGAUGAACAAAACUGAAAAUAACAAUUCACACACUGGUCUUUCCUCAUUUCCUACCAUAAACCCAAGGGCUAUGUAUGCUUUCUUGUAUUUCCUGGCCUUUUUAUUCCGGUAAUCGUAGUUUGUUUUCAUUGCAUCCUAUGUCUCCUUCCGUUUUCUUUUCAUUGGCGUCAGAAACCUCGCCAUCACCCAUUCUCCGUCACCGGUGUUUCUGUGUACGGUCGUCCCUCACUAUUGUGGUUCGAACAUCAAUCCCUGAGUGCGAUUUUUCAAAUCUUGAAAAAUAUUGAAAGACAAAUCAUAUGUAGUAUUCUGGUCAUUAGACGUCAGUAUUGACACAAAACAUUGACAUGACCUUCACACUGCAUGGAGUCGAUCAUAGCAUGUGGUAAAAAUGUGGUAAGUUCUCGGCUUCUUACUUUGUCCACUCUUCCCCACUCUCUAUAACACCCUUUCUUAAGUUUAGAAUAAAUACAUUGGAGGCUAACUAGUUAGCUCGCUAGCCUGCUAUGCUUACAGCCAUGUCCCUGCAGUGAUCUCGUAAUGUGAUGUAAACUAAAAUAACAGCUGGUAAAUCGUGGUAUUUAGAAAGUACAUUUUCAUGUUCUAACAACAAAAAUUACAUUUAUUGAUAUUGAAUGCUAAGGAAAUUCGCGGAAAUGUACUUAUCGCGUUGGGUAAAUGAUAAACCAGCGAGGGAUGAUUGUACUUCUGGGUUGAAUUGGCAGCCUGUUGAUUUGUUUGAAGGACGGAAGCUUAUGGAUCAUUCAAGCACAAAUACCAUGCAUGAAGACACAUGAAUACUGAUUCUGGCAAAACAGCCAUUAGGACAUUGUUAUAAGCAGACGAUAGGUGGGUUGUUUCGAGAAGAGAGCCGUCGGACCUUACCACCCAAGAAAGGAACGCAAUGACAUCACUAGGGAAGUACAAUGACAUCGCAGUUCAACCAGAACUGCGAUUAUCAAUACAAUGGUGACUGCUCUAUUGGACGACAACACAUCAGAAAGGUCUACAGUCUACAGCACAGAACCAACCUCACUACAGACCAUCUACUCAGACACUGAACCCAGCAGAUGCCAUUUUGGUUUGGACUAUUUGAGUUCCGUCACGUAUUUCAUCACAAAAUCUGCCCAAUAAAGUCUUUACUUUCUGUAUAACCUUUGAGACAAAAAUCCCACCACCAAUGCUAAGAUAGAUUUUAGAUCCGGGUAAGAGUCACGAACCACAAGUAUGAAUCGAGGGAUGUCUUGAGGGGGGAAUCAUAUAAUGGUCGGCAUGAUGUCAUAGGGUUUUUGCCUGAAAGAGGAAACUGCCACAGUUAAACGUCGAACUUUUCUAAGCACUAUUUCCAUUUGUCUCCACCUAACUUCUCUUAACGCUGUUUCUUUUCCUCUAUUUUCUUUGGCUUUAUGUGCAUUAAAGUAAACAAAAAAUAA